AUGGAGACUUUUCAAGGGAGAACUUGUUGGGGGACAGCGCUGAUCGUCUUGCUGCUUCCAAUUUCGGGUAUUUGGUGCUUCUCUGAGCUCUUUUUCACGAGGGAGCCCCAAGAUGUCAUUGUGUUGCGGAAAGACCCUGUGGUUCUUGAUUGCCAGGCUCGCGGAGAACUCCCAAUUACCAUUGUGUGGAUGAAAAACAGCCUGAAAUUAGUUGAUAAUGAGCGGAUAUACAUCUUAUCAAAUGGAUCUCUUUACAUCACUGAGGUUGAACAUCGUAAAGGAGAGCGAUCAGAUGAAGGCUUCUAUGAAUGUUUGGCUCAAAACAAAUAUGGGGCCAUUUUGAGUCAGAAAUCCCAUCUGUCGGUGGCCAGUAUGUCUCCAUUUGAAGUUCAGCCAGCCCAUACAGUGGUCAAUGAAGGUGAAGUAGCCAGGUUUAUCUGCAAAAUACAUGCAAAUCCUCCACCAAUCAUAACCUGGGAAUUCAACCGUACAGCACUGCCGCUUGCUACUGACAGAAUAACUGCCCUGCCAACUGGGGUUCUUCAAAUCUACGGUGUUGAAGCACGGCAUGCUGGACAGUACCGUUGUGUCGCAACCAAUGUUGCGAAUAGGCGAAGGAGCAUGGAAGCCAUUUUAACUGUUAUUCCAGUCCCCUUGGCCCCAGAGCUGCGUUUAGAGCCAUUGAACUGCACAACUAUUACAGUAAGCUGGAGGCAAGCGGAGGAGAAUAGUGUGCACAUCCAGGGAUACAGACUGUUUUACAGGGAGGAAAGUCAACAGGAAACUGGGCCCAUUGGACUCGGCAUGCAAGAUUCCCAUUACACCAUCAGUGGACUAGAUCCUCGCAGAAAAUAUCAUAUGCGCUUGCUGGCAUACAACUAUAUGGGUGAAGGCUACCAGGCAGACCAAACUGUAAGCACCCCAGGAUGUGUGUCUGUUCGGGAUCGCAUGGUGCCUCCUCCACCUCCGCCUCAUCACCUGUAUGCAAAAGCCAACAGUUCUUCAUCCAUCUUCUUACAAUGGGGAAAGCCAGCUUUUACUGCUGCAGCAAUGAUCAACUAUACUGUCCGCUGCAACCCUGUGGGACUGCAGAAUGCUUCCCUUGUCAUGUACCUUCAGACGUCAGAAACACACAUGCUUGUUCACGGUCUACAACCGUUCACCAAGUAUGAGUUUGCUGUGCGUCUUCAUGCAGACCAACUCUCCAGCCCCUGGAGCCCUGUGGUUUAUCAGCUUACAUUGCCAGAAGCUCCGGUCAAUCCACCUUCAAGUGUAAAAGUCACAUUAAUAGAAGAAGGAACUGCUCUAAUUUCUUGGAAACCCCCGGAAGAUACCAACACUGCUAUCACCCGUUACACCAUCCUUUACGCUUCUAGAAAGGCCUGGAUUGCUGGCGAGUGGCAAAUGCUUCAUAGGGAAGGAACAAUUACUAUGGCUUUGCUGGAGAACCUCCUUCCAGGAAAUGUCUAUCUCAUUCAAAUAUCUGCAUCUAAUGAAGUAGGAGAAGGACCGUUUUCAAACGCUAUAGAGCUAGCAAUCCCUGUGAAGGAAACCAUAUACUUUAGCCAGGGACCUAAGUGGCCUGACUCUCGCAAUAGUGGAGAUGCCAAAGUAAACUCUGAUGUAUUUUACCACCUGGACCAAAAGUCAAUGACUGGAAUUAUUGUUGGAGUUUGCAUAGCCCUAACUUGUAUCAUCAUCUGCGUUCUUAUCCUCCUUUAUCGAAGCAAAGCAAGGAAAUCUUCUGCAAUCAAGGCUGAGCAACAAGGAAAUGUACAGAUGGCACGUGUGACAAGACCACUGGUUAACACGACCCAUAUUAUUAAGAGUCAGACUGAGCAGGAAACUGUGGAAACCUUAAUGCCAAUGAUGCCUGAAAAUGUCUUUUUGGAUACCAAGGGUGGAUCUGAUAUGAUCAUUCGGAGCUCUACUCACGUAAACAAAAAAGUGAAAAAAUGGUCAUUUUUCGGGUCAACGAAAAAAUCGGUGAAGAUGCACAAAGAGAAGCAGCAGCCAGUAAGAAGACAUGGACGAGGCAUGAGUUCUUACCAGCUGACUGGCUUGAUCUGCGAAGAAUCGGGUGCCUCAAUACUCGUUCCACCGACAUCAUUGCGGGCUGUGUUCGGCACUGCAGGAGAUGCAGAAUAUUCUCAUAACAGUGACGGAAGUCAUGAAACUGGAGAUUCGGGCAGAUACUCGCAUGAUUCUAGGGAGGAAAUGGAAAUGGCUCACCUUUCUUCUGUCACAUGUACUACACCUACCUUCUUGGGACCAUUUAUCCAGGCAGAAACGGCCAGUGUUCCUGUCCCGUCUACCUCCGAGGAAGCUCAAUGCCUGUUGAUUGGUUCUCCUUCUGCUACCUCAGACCUAUUGGCAUCACCUGAAGUACGUCAAAUGCCUUCUUCAAAAACUGUCCGUGAAAAUACUGACAAUGAGUUUCCAGUUUGAAUUACCCGAUCCAGUUUGACCGUAAUUUAUCUGUACUAUGGACAAUGUGCAG